AUGUGUGUGGUGUUUCCCUUCCCAGUCAAAUACAUGCGUGAGGCUACACCGUACGUCAAAAAGGGCUCCCCAGUGUCUGAGAUUGGCUGGGAGACGGCACCUCCCGAGUGUCCUCGUCCCAGCAGUCCUGCCUUCACUUCGUCCUUCUCAUCGGACUCUCUGAGCUUCCCCACCGUGCCCUCCUUGUGUCCAAGCGGUGACCGGAGGUGCAUACCACUGAAGAUGUGUUACGCAACACGAGCCAUGACCAAGCCUGACCCUGAGAACAGACAAUUGGAGCUGCACAGUCCCAACGUUAGGCACACCGUUGUGCUCCGGUGUCCAGACCAAUCAUCUGCCAGGUCCUGGUUCUCCUCCCUGCAUUCUGUUACAUCCACACUGGCACAGCAUGCACUGACGGAGGUCAUCCAGAAUACAUCCAGGACAGGGAUUGCUGGCAGCAAAGAGAUACGACACUUGGGAUGGCUAGCAGGGAAGGUAUGAAUGGAGAGUGAGAAACAGUGUUGGAAGCCGUUGCUGGCAGUGGUGACGGAGAAAGACUUGUUACUGUACAACAGUUUUUCCCAAGCCAAGGAGUCCUGGCAGAGCCCCGCUCACACCUUUCCACUUUUAGCAACACGUCUUGUCAACUCUGGCCUUGACCGGGGAUCCCCCUCCUCUGACACGGAGCUGUGUUUUGCCACUCGCACCGGCACGCGCCUUGGUAUCGAAACUCACCUUUUCCGGGCUGAAACAACCAAGGACUUGUCCCUAUGGACCAGACAUAUAGUCAACGGAUGUCAUGCAUCAGCUGAGAUGAUCAAAGAAGUUAGAACAAGUUGCUUGUUCCACAGUCAGGAGUGCCAUCUGGUGAUCCACUACGAAAGGGGCUUUUCUGUGCUGGCUGACCUGAAUAUGGCAGAAGAGGGGGGUGGUGAACAAAGAGUAGCUAACUUCAAGCCUCAAGUGCUCUUGUCUUACCCUUUUGAAAAACUAAAGAUAUCCUCUGACGAUGGAGUACGCAUGCUUUUUCUCGACUUUGGAGGGAAGGAAGGGGAGAUUCAACUGGACCUCCACUCCUGUCCGAAGCCAAUUGUCUUCAUCCUCCACUCUUUUCUGUCUGCCAAGGUCGCCCGUCUGGGUUUGGUGGCUUGACCGGCUCCCUUACAGGACUUGUUUUUUUAAACAAAUCCACCUUAUUUUUUCAUCUACAGUAUUUUC